AUGUCGAAACUAUUCAUUCAACUUGCGAUCUGUCUUGGGCUAAUCGCUUUGGUGAGCGCACAUCCCUACACCACCGGACGCAUUGUUGGCGGUGAGAAUGCUGUUGAAGGCGCAUUACCCUAUCAAGUGUCACUUCGUUAUAGCGGAUCGCACAUUUGUGGUGCAGCGAUUAUCAAUCAGCGCUAUGUGCUCUCAGCCGCGCAUUGUGUAGGCGAUGAGGAUGCCGAUGGCAACUACGUUGUCGAUCCUGCUAGCUAUUUCUCGAUUCGUGCGGGUUCAAGUGAUCGCCUACGUGGCGGUGUGGUCGUCAAGGUCACAAACAUUGUAGUGAAUGAGAAUUAUGCAAACUUUUUGCACGAUUUAGCAGUGCUCCGCUUAGAAUCUGCCCUAAUUUAUUCAAAUAACAUAAAACCAAUUCCUUUGGCCAGCGGUGAAGUGCCGACCGGCGAACAAGUACUCAUCUCAGGCUGGGGUCGUCUAACCACCACUGGCGAUGCGCCAACUAAAUUGCAAUAUAACUAUGUGCAGGCUAUUUCUAAAUUAUCUUGUUUUACCAGAAUUGGUAUGUACAGUGAUGCGCUGCUGUGCUUGGGACAUCCGGAAAAUAAUGGUGCUUGCUUUGGUGACUCCGGUGGUCCGGCUGCAUAUCAAGGCGAACUUGUAGGAGUUGCUAGUUUUGUGGUUGGUGGUUGCGGCACCACCAGCCCAGAUGGUUAUGCGAAGGUUUACGAACAUGUGGACUGGAUUAAGGAGCACUCAAAAUUAUGCUCGUGGUUAUCAUACGAGUAUAAGAAUAUUUACGUGCACACUUACAUGCAUAGCUAUGUACUCACGUGCAACGGCAUCGCAAUGGCCAAAUUCGCAUUUUUCUCUUUGAUCUGCCUGAUUUGCGCUGUGAUCGGUCAAGCUAGUCCCACGGCGCGUGUUGUGGGUGGUGUGGAUGCUUACGAGGGUCAGUUUCCACAUCAAAUUUCGUUACGUCGCAAUGGUUCACAUACUUGUGGUGGUUCGAUAAUUAGUAAAAAUUUCAUAUUGACCGCAGCGCAUUGUGUGGGCACCACAGACGCCGCGGGUACCUAUUAUACCUACAAUGCAACCACCUUCACUGUACGUGCCGGUUCCACCGAUCGUUUUCGUGGCGGCGUUGUAGUCAAUGUCAAAGAGAUCAUCACCCACGAGAAUUAUGGAAAUUUCUUGAAUGAUGUGGCGCUGUUGCAUUUAAGCGAGCCAUUAAUCCUAUCGAAGAACAUUCAACCUAUUAAGUUGGCUACAAAAGAAUUACCCUCCGGCACACCAGUCAUAAUUUCCGGCUGGGGUCGCCUAAAGGCUGGUGGUGAUUUGCCACAAAAGUUGCAGUGGAACACAUUGUCGGCAAUUUCGCGUGACGAAUGCAAAGCAGCCAUCUAUUGGGAUAGUGAUGCUCUUAUUUGUCUGGCGCACAAUCCUAAUAACGGUGCAUGCAAUGGUGAUUCUGGUGGACCUGCUUUGUACGAGAGCGAAGUGGUGGGCAUUGCUGGAUUCGUUUAUGGCGGUUGUGGUACUGGCAAUCCAGAUGGUUAUGCUAAGGUCUAUUAUCAUGUGAAUUGGAUUAACGAACAUGCUGGCUUGUAA